AGGCGCGUCGCCCGGCUCCGCCGCUCGGCCGCUCCUGUCGCUGUCCGCGCGGGCUGAGGGCGCGAGGCUCCGGGCGGCCCGGCGCGUGUUGGAGGGCUCCGGCCGUGCGCUGCCGCGGAGGGCUGGGCCGGCGGGCGGUUAGUGCUCCGUUCGGCGCGGGGAGGGCGGCACGCCGGGCGCUGCACUGCCUCGGCGGGCGGCGGCCGGGCUCCCGGGGUCUCUGUCCCAGGCCCGAGUCAGUCGCAGCCCCCGUGGGGAGACGGGCGGCCGGGCUCCCUGGUCCCGGGCCCUCCCCGGCUGGGGAGGCUGGGGCAAGGGAACCAUGUCCGCUCGCGCCCCGGUGCCGGCCGCUCGCCCUCGGGAGGACCAGCCCGCGGCGGCGGUGGAGAGGGCGUCGCUGUUGGCGGCGGCGAGCCGGCCGGCGGAGCCGCCGCCGGAGCGGGAGCGCAAGGAGGCCGUGAGGGAGGAGCGGGCCGAGGCGGCCACUAGCGCGGGGGCGCGCGGGGAGCCGUCGCCCGCGCCGGUGCGGGGACACAGCGUGCCCCAGGCGGCCGUGCCCGUGCGGCCGCUGGCGCUGCACCUGGCGCACAAGGCGCGCGGCCCGGGGGGCCCCUUCGGCGGGGAGCCGCCGCCGCCGCGGGAGCCGCCGGCCGAGGAAGCCCGCGAGCCGCCGGCCGCGGCGGGCCCCGAGGAGAAACUGCAGCCGCCGCCGCCGCCGCCGCCGCCGAAGGAGAAUCCUUGGACCAGGAAGCCUCCUCGACACCUGUCCCCGGUCGGGGCGGGCCCGCUGCUGUCCCCGCUGGAAACCCUGGAGGCAGAGCUCAGUUCCCCAAAAAUUACAAAAGCAGGAAAACUCAAGACAAAGAAAUCAAACAAGGCCAGUGAUUUCAGUGAUAUGGCAAAUUGGCCAACACCAGGUGAAUUAGUGAACACUGGAUCUCAGAGUGUCAUCAACCAAGGAAAUAAGAAGCUACAAAUUAGAAAAGAAAAAGAAGAAAAGAUUGAAAAGAGAUGUAAUGGUGAGAGCAAAGAAAAUCGGGAAGCAAAAUCAGAUGGUCCUAGUGAAAACAUUAGUGAGGAUGAGGCUCAAUCAAGUAAUCAAAGAAAGAGAGCUAAUAAGCACAAAUGGGUACCACUCCACUUGGAUGAUGUAAGACCAGAUAGUCAAGAAAGGCCUGGAUCUCGGAACAGCUCAAGAUGUCAACCUGAUACAAAUAAAUCAGUGCAUAAUAACAGGAGAAAUGAUACAAGAAGUUGGAGAAGAGAUAGAGAAAAGAGAGAUGAUCAAGAUGAAGUGUCCAGUGUGAGAAGUGAGGGAGGUAAUAUCCGAGGUUCCUUUAGAGGCCGAGGAAGAGGCCGAGGACGAGGAAGAGGACGAGGCAGAGGAAAUCCUCGAUUGAACUUUGAUUAUUCAUAUGGUUAUCGAGAACAUGGUGAAAGGGCUGAUCAGCCAUUUCAAACAGAACCUAAUACCAGUAUGAUGUAUUACUAUGAUGAUGGUACAGGUGUGCAGUUGUAUCCUGUGGAAGAAACUUUGCUUAAAGAGUAUAUUAAGCGUCAAAUUGAAUAUUAUUUUAGUAUAGAAAAUUUAGAACGAGACUUCUUUCUUCGGAGAAAAAUGGAUGAACAAGGUUUCUUGCCUAUUUCCUUGAUUGCUGGUUUUCACCGUGUCCAGGCUCUCACUACAAACCUUAAUCUCAUUUUAGAGGCACUGAAGGAUAGUACAGAAGUAGAAAUUGUGGAUGAAAAAAUGAGAAAAAAGAUAGAGCCAGAAAAAUGGCCAAUCCCAGGCCCUCCUCCACGAAAUGUGCCACAAACAGACUUCUCUCAAUUGAUUGAUUGCCCAGAGUUUGUACCAGGCCAAGCAUUUUGCUCACAUACAGGGUCUGCCCCAAAUUAUCCAAGAAUUGGAAGUCCAAUGAGCCCAAAUCAAAAUAAUGAAACAAGUAAUCUUCAAGCAAUGUCUAGAGGUUUAUCAACCAGUUUACCCGACUUGGAUUCAGAACCAUGGAUGGAAGUAAAAAAGCGACACUGCCCAUUCCCUGUGAAAUUAAAGGAAUCAGUGUCUGUAUGUGAAGAGACAUCAAAUCAACUAUAUUUUCCAGAACAAGAAGUUGAUUUUUUAUUUGAUGAAGAGAUGGAACAAAUGAGACCAAAAAACACACUUAAUGAUUGGUCUGAUCAUGAUUCAGAUUAUGAAAUUAAUGACCAGGAUUUAAACAAGAUUUUGAUUGUAACUCAGACACCAUCAUAUUUGAGAAAAUAUCCUGGAGAAGAUCAAACAGACAACCACACAUCUCCUGCAAAAAUUACAUUGGAACUAGCUAAAGUUAUCAAUGAUGGCUUACAUUAUUAUGAACAGGAUCUCUGGACAGAAGAAGAUGAAAGCACACUCACAACCAUAAAGUGUCCACGAAAGAGGAAAACAGGGCACAAUACAGACCCCCCUCUAGAGUGCCAUGUUGGUUGGGUGAUGGAUUCCAGAGAUCAUGAGCCACGAGCAUCCUCUGUCAGCAGUUCAAAUGCUUUACCUUCAGAAAGUGUACGGCUAGUAGGAAGUUGUGGAUGUACUCCUCACUCAUUCCCAAAGUUCCAGCAUCCUUCCCAUGAACUUUUGAAGGAAAAUGGCUUUACCCAACAAGUAUAUCACAAGUAUCGUCGAAGAUGUCUAAAUGAGAGAAAACGCUUGGGAAUUGGACAGUCCCAAGAAAUGAAUACCCUCUUUCGUUUCUGGUCCUUUUUCCUCAGAGAUCACUUCAAUAAAAAAAUGUAUGAGGAAUUUAGACAACUUGCUUGGGAAGAUGCAAAAGAAAAUUAUAGGUAUGGGUUAGAAUGUCUGUUCAGGUUUUAUAGUUAUGGACUGGAAAAAAAAUUCAGACAAGAAAUUUUUAAGGAUUUCCAGGAAGAAACCAAAAAAGACUAUGAAUCUGGUCAGCUGUAUGGACUAGAAAAAUUUUGGGCCUAUCUGAAAUAUUCUCAAUCUAAAACACAGUCUGUUGACCCACAACUUCAGGAAUACCUCUGUAGGUUUAAGAAAUUAGAGGACUUCCGUGUUGAUACCUCUGUUGUGACUAGCACUUGCAAGUCACAGACAAUAACACAAAGGAAUCAGGAGGGAGAUGACAACUUCCCAGGUGACUCCGUGCUUCACCCACACAGGCUCCAUACUUAUGGGUUCCCCUCACUGGUUGGUGUGCAGCAGAAGAUUAAAGCCGUCUGCUAUAGAGACCUGCUUCCAGGUAUUGACAUAUGACGGGUUACAAAGCUCUCACUGAAACACUUCAAAUUGAACCAACUGUCAUCAGAAAAUCUUACUUAAUGUAAGGACCUAAUCAGAACACAUCAUAUAACCAAGUGAUGUGUGUGUGGCAGAUAAGUCCAUGGUAGAAUGCAUGCUGUUACAUGGCAUCCAUGUCACUCACUGUAUCGCUGACAGGUCUGGGAGGUAGCAAAUACAACUUCUGCUCUAUAGAUUGAAAGUAAAAGACUAAGCUGAACUUUGCAGAGUUAAGGGCGUUGUGAGCACGUACCUUUUAGAUGUAGAGUUGGGAUUAUAACUAACUGAUCUCUUUAUGCAGCCCUCCUUCCAGAGCAGCUCCCACCUGGGGUCUCCACAAUCCCAUUGCAGUCCCAGCAUGUGCCUUGUUCCUGUCCUUAUGACCACUGUGCACUGGACCCCAGGUGUGACCUGUUCCUGUCCAUGUGACCACAGCCGCACAGCCCCAGUGUGCCACGUCCGUGUCCAUAUGACCAUGCUGCAGUGGACUCCAGGUAUGCAUUGAGUUCCAGUCUGAUCUAAAGGACAUGAGAUCUUGAAAAAAAUAC